AUAGAGAGAGAGAGAGAGAGAGAGAGAGAGAGCGCGAGCCAGCCGCUGGACUCCAUUACGCACUUUGCGGGACUUUAGUUGGACUAAUUUUCUUUGGAAAAAUUCUCCAUGCUAGACUUAAACACACAUUUCGAAAAAGAAAGGUGUUCAAACAGACCUCUGGCGACGUGGGAAGUUUAAGACUUCACUUUGGGUUUUGACCUAAACGUUAGCGUACCGGUGAAGGAGAUGGCUCUGGAUGGUAUACGGAUGCCUGACGGCUGCUAUGCUGAUGGCACUUGGGAACUGAAGAUGCAUGUGACUGACAUGAACAAAGACGUCUCUCUGAGAGUUACAGGAGAGAUCCACAUUGGUGGAGUCAUGCUGAAGCUCGUGGAGAAACUCGAUGUCAAGAAGGACUGGUCAGACCAUGCACUGUGGUGGGAAAAGAAGAAGACAUGGCUGCUGAAGACACACUGGACACUGGAUAAGUACGGCAUCCAGGCUGACGCCAGGCUACUCUUCACGCCCCAGCACAAGCUCCUGCGCCUGCAGCUGCCCAACAUGAAGCACAUGAAGGUCAAAGUGAACUUCUCAGACCGUGUCUUCAAGGCUGUUUCAGACAUCUGCAAAACAUUCAAUAUCCGCCAUCCCGAGGAGCUGUCCCUACUGCGCAAGCCCCGUGACCCCAAAAAGAAGAAGAAAAAGCUGGAGGAGUAUGAAGAGGAGACUCUCGAGCUGGAAGGCCCUCUACUUACUCCGGGAUCAGCCUCUGAGGUAAUAUACAUCGGACCUGUGAAAGGGAGUAUCUAUUCAAGUCCAGGCCUCUACAGCAAGACAAUGACUCCCACCUAUGACUCUCGAGAUGGCAGUCCACUUUCCCCCACCUCAGCCUGGUUUGGAGACAGCCCAUUGUCUGAGGGCAAUCCCAGCAUCCUCGCUGUGAGUCAGCCCAUCUCCUCACCUGACAUACUGGUUAAGCUCUACAAACCACCCUCCCUUCUUGAUAAGGCCAAAAUUAAUCAAGGGUGGCUGGACUCCUCCAGGUCUCUAAUGGAGCAGGAUGUUAAAGAGAAUGAUGUUCUUCUUUUGCGGUUUAAAUACCAUAGCUUUUUUGAUCUCAACCCCAAGUAUGAUGCCAUCCGGGUUAAUCAGCUAUACGAGCAGGCCAAAUGGGCCAUCCUGCUGGAGGAGAUUGAGUGCACUGAGGAAGAGAUGAUGAUGUUUGCAGCCCUCCAGUAUCACAUCAACAAGCUGUCCAUCAUGUCUUCAGACAAUCACAUGAACAAUAGCGAGAAGGAGGUGGAUGAAGUGGAUGCUGCACUGUCAGACCUGGAGAUCACCCUGGAGGGAGGAAAGACCUCGAACACACUGGGUGACAUUACAUCCAUCCCUGAACUGGCUGAUUAUGUGAAAGUCUUUAAGCCAAAGAAACUGACACUGAAAGGACCCAAGCAGUACUGGUGCACAUUCAAGGACAUCACAAUUUCUUGCUACAAGAGCCGCGAGGAGGCCCAUGGCAUACCUGCUCUUCAAAUGAACCUGAGAGGCUGUGAGGUUACACCAGAUGUAAACAUUUCUGGUCAGAAAUUCAACAUCAAGUUGUUAAUCCCAGUAGCGGAUGGCAUGAAUGAGAUCUGGCUGCGAUGCGACACUGAGAAGCAGUAUGCACAGUGGAUGGCUGCCUGUCGUCUGGCCUCCAAAGGGAAGACAAUGGCAGAUAGCUCCUAUAACCUGGAGGUCCAGAACAUUUUGUCCUUCUUAAAGAUGCAGCAUAUGAACCCAGAUCCCCAGGUUAUUGAAUCAAUCACCACAGAUAUCAACCCUGAGUGUCUUGUCUCACCACGAUAUCUGAAGAAAUACAAGAACAAGCAGCCAGGCUAUAUCAGAGACCUGAUUUCUGCUCGUAUCCUAGAGGCCCAUCAGAAUGUGGCCCAGAUGAGUCUCAUCGAGGCCAAGAUGCGCUUCAUCCAGGCGUGGCAGUCAUUGCCAGAGUUUGGGAUCACUCACUUCUUGGCCAAGUUCCAAGGCAGUAAGAGAGAUGAGCUGAUCGGUAUCACCUACAACAGACUGAUCCGCAUAGACGCCGGGACCAGAGACGCCAUUAAGACUUGGCGCUUUAGCAACAUGAAACAAUGGAACAUCAACUGGGAGAUCAAGAUGGUUACUGUGGAGUUUGCCGAUGAACCCAGUCUGUCAUUCACCUGCACUGAGGUGGACUGUAAGGUGGUGCACGAGUUCAUUGGUGGCUACAUUUUCCUGUCCACCAGGGCCAAGGACCAGAAUGAGUCUCUUGAUGAGGAAAUGUUCUACAAGCUUACAAGUGGCUGGGUUUGAGAUGGAGAUCCUCUGAGCCCAGCAAAUCAGUGGGUGGGGUGGCAUGGGCUGCCUUGGAGUUUUGUUCAUUUACUCUCUUGUGUUUUUAUUUUUUAACCAUGCCACACGUCUGGCCACAUUGAUUGUUUAAAAGCUGCCAUCUUGUUUUUUUUUUUUUUUAUUUUGUUUUGUUUUGUUUUGUUUUAUUCUGUUCCUGCCUUAAUGCUUACAAACACCUCUGCUACACCAAUGAGCUGACUUUGAGGAACGAGAAGAAUGUUUUGUCUCCACCCUGGGGUUCACCUUCUGCUGAGAAAUAUUUGUUUCCUGCAGCACGCAGCUACUUUCACAGAGACGGCUGCUUCCUUUUCCUUUCCCAGAGUGCUUGGUGUGUGUAGUCACUGCAGUGUUAGAUGGUUGUCUCCACCUCUGUGCACCAGAGGGGCAGGUGCAAUCCAUGACCUUUCACCUUGCAUGCUAAUACUCAAGCUUGUCUCAAAUGUCACUGCUCAUUUUACGAUCCGAUUGUUUUGAGAUGUUGAGUUUUGUGAUUGCCUUCCUGCCUUUAUUCUAAUCCAGUCCCUAUGCUGCUUCACUUAUUUUGAAUGUCAUCAUUUCCAUUUAUAUUCCAUUCAUUGUCACUAUUUGUUAACACUACCUUUGGCAACGGCCGCCAUUUUUAUGAAGGAAAAACCCAGCACUCGAGGAUUCUCUACAUGAGUUAGGCGGAGCAGUGCUGACCCAAACACUCAACACUACAAGCAGAUUUGCAGUGAAGAAGAUGCUUUUGUUUUAGUGUGAUCCCUUGACAAGAUAGCAAGCUCUUCUACACUUAAGGAAUAGUCCCCACAUGUAUAAGCUGUAGUUUACUUCUUUGUCUGGCGACCUGAGUCAGCAGAAGUUAAUGUAUCGAUCUUCAGCACUAUAAACAUUAGUGGAUGGCCUUUGGGGUUUUUUCCACUAAACACAGCGGUUUUCGGGUUUUACUCUCACAACGAGCAGUUUGCAAUGCACGUAAAACAGAAUGUCGAAGGCCACAUGAUGAAGGAAUGAUUCCAGGGAUCAACCUGCUAGCUAAAGAGUCUCUAAAAUAAUUAUGUGUCUUGUAGAAAAUGGUAAGGAAAGCAGACCUGUUUGCAGUUUAGGGCCUGUGUGUCAUGAUUACAGUCUCUACCUUCUUAUUCAGUGUGAAGUCAGUGAGGAUGACCUCAGUUGUGCUCUGGAGCCUGCUGGCUCUUGGCUACAAGAAGCACCAUGACGUGUUUGUUUCCUAUUUUUCUGUACAGCCUUCUCCUGUGUCACUCACACCUUAUCCUAAACCAUAUAGUAUUAUUCAAAGCUAUUAUAUUGUUAUGCACCAGCAAAGGGUCACUAUGUUUUAAAGUCAGUACAUGCAAUGUUCAUCUUUCUUUUUCAUGAAUAUGAAGGAAUGCUAAAUGAAGUAUUAGUUUUUGUAACUAAUGUAAAAACAAUUUUAUAGAAUUGUACAGGUAUUGUUUUGUUUGCUUUUUUCCUGUCUUUUUUUUUUUUUUUUUUUGGAAAUGCUUUUUUCCAGAAGAAAAGGAAAAAAGACAUCUUUUGAGCAUUGCUUGGUAUGAUGUGUACCUGCCUAUGUUAAGGUCUUGUUGAGUUUUUAAGAGUAAGAAAAUAUAUAUAAGUAUAUAUAAUGUGAUGAAGCAUGUCUCAAGCUCCAGGUUUAGCUGCUGCACAUUUCACCACACUCACAUUGAAGGGCUUGUUUCAUUUCCUGUUAAUUUUAUAUGGCCUUAAAUUAAACACAGUAUGUAAAUGUUUUCUGUUGCAUUGGAGCUUGUGACUAUCAAGUUUUGUUUAAGAUUUUAUUUAGCACACAUGAAUUAUCUUUUAGCAGUGCAUUUUUCUGUCAAUUGUAGUAUGCUAGUAAAAUGUUAGAACAUGUUUUUAAUUUUUCUACACAAAUGCUAAUUUUAAGCUUUAUUAUGAAGGAGAACCAUCGGCCCUUGGAGUUUGAGACAAAUUAUCAUACAAUGAAGUACAAUAAAAGCUACUUUAGCAUACA